AUGGAUGAGUUGAUUACUUGCUCAAUAAAUUGCUCAAACAAACCAAUUUAUCUAUGUGAUUGUUCUGAUAAUAAAUCUGUGUUUUUAUGCCAAAGCCACCUUGGAGAGCAUGGAGAAACACCUGGAAGCCACCAUUUCACUCCAAUCAUGAAAAAUCCUGAUCCUCAAACCAGAAAAAUAAUUUCUGAAUUUUUAAAAGGCUUAAAGCAGAAAAUAAAGCAAGAUCGACUAACGUUACUCCAAGAAGCAUCAAUACUAGUAAUGCAAAUAGAAGAAAAAGUUGAAAAAUCAUUAGAAAAGAUUUUAUUUAUAGAAAAAAGAUUAAAUGAAUAUAUAUAUUUAUGUGCCACCUUAGAUAAAAUCAAUCAGUUCAACAGCAGUAGCUUCAUUGAAUCACUCUUAAAUUUGUCUCCUGAAAAAGCUGCAAAAAUAAAAUAUCAAGAAGAUAUAGUUAAGAUUAACAAUGUUCAACUGAAAAAAGGGAUUAAAAAAUUCUUUAAUAUUUUAGAUUCUUUGCUAUAUGAAGAAAGCUUUUACUUUAUAACUAAUGAUUACAGACUUAUACAGUUUGAUUUGAAAAAUAAACAAUUAAAACAUCUCAAGACCUUAGCAGAGAGCACUUUAUCAUCUGUAUGACGCUCAUCAAGCAAAUUUACUAAUAAGAUCAUAAAUUAG